CGAGUGCAACUACUUCAACCUCGGCGUUUUCGUAUACGUACUUCUGCUAACGACACUGUCUUAGGAACGGCCCAUGCGAGGAUCGUCCAAUGCGAGGGACGAGAUGUGCGAGUUCUUGUCAGUUGCGUCACAUGGUAAUUUGUCGAUGUUGGGUAACGCGUCCGUCUCCACGAGCACGUAACAUGGCUAUCGUGCCAUCGGCCCACGCCAGCCAGACCCUCACAACGGAGAGUCAAGAAUUUGCCGAGCAGAUGGCGUAGAUCUAUCCCUGGGGCACAAGUGACUAGGAAUGAGGACUUAUAAGGCUCGCAGUCUACCUUCAACGUAACCUCCUUCGUCAGUAUCUCAGUUGCCACCCCGCCGCCCCCUUUUACCAAACAUAAUCAAGAGCCUGCUGGCAGGACUCCCAUUUACUUCUUCUUCAACAACCUUCGAUUCCAUCAACAUUCAGCCAUGCGUUCCAUUCAUUUCGCUGGAUUCGUGGCUCUUGCCUCUGCUGUCCCUCUCCCACAGAGCAGUGGCGGAGAUCUGGCCUCUUUGGCAUCCAGCCAAGGCGCUCCGGGCAGCGCCCAAGGCCAGCAGUCUGGCCAGAGCACCGAUUCUGCCUCCGGUAGCGCAGACGGACAAGCAUCCACGGCUUCUUCUGGUCUCGACCUGAGCAGUCUCCUGCAAGGUCUUGGUUCCAGCAGCCAGGGCGCCUCGACCUCUUCUUCGGGCUCUUCAGGCAUCGAUCUGAGCAGACUCCUGCAAGGCCUUGGCUCUGGAAGCCAAGGCAGCAACGGAGCCACUACCCAAGGAGCCAGCUCAGGUGCUGGCCAAGCCAGCGGCCUUGGAGGACUUCUCUCUGGUCUCCAAGCUGGCAAUGGAGCCGCCGCUCAGGCUUCCUCAAGUGGCUCAUCUGGCACGUCGAGCGGAUCUGGAGGUAUCGACCUGAGCGCACUCCUACAGAGUCUUGGAGCAAGCGGCCAGAGCGCGCAGCAGGGAUCUUUGACUUCCUCUUCAAGCAGCGGCCGGCCUGCAGGCCUUCUGUCCGGCCUUUUGGGCGGAAGCGCAAGCUCUGGUUCAUCUUCCGGCUCUGCUUCGCUUCAGAGCCUCCUGCAGGGCCUCGGCUCCAGCGCCCAGGGCGCAAGCGGGCUUGGCCAGACGCAGACAGACAAUGCGAGCAAGGACACCACUGCUGGAGGACAAGCGGCUGAUGCAGGGAAGACUUCAGACAUCGCGGACGCUCAACAGCCCGCAGAGGCUGCCCCAGCGGGUCAAACGGACACAAAGCAGCAGUAAAUGGAGACGGGACUUCAUCACGCAGGCGUGGUGAGGUGUGCGAGUUAUACCUCUUGUUUAUGAAAGUGGGCGGGGACGGCGAGGGUGGGAAUGUCCUGAUAGUUUCGUGGCCUAAACGAGAGUAGAGGGAUAUUCACAACUGUUACCUAAGUUCCCUCAGUCCUUGAAAUCGUGUCGUGAUGUCUCCUUGUCAGCUAGGGAUAGGGUAUACAUGCAGUGUUAGUAGGUGAAAUAGCAGAAGCAGGUUGAUACACGUCCAAACAAGCUUUUGUGCAGACA